ACACACACACACACACACACACACACUGAACCAACACCUAUAAACAGACCAGAAAGCUGUGGCGUUUCCAUUCAUCUCUCUUCUGCAGGCAGGAAUCAGCUGCAGUCAGGAUGGCAGAGAAAAAUAUGUCAUCGAGCCGGAGGAAUCAGCUGAAGAGCUUGCUGCUGCAGAUCGGUUGGGCGAUGCUGGAGGAGGAGUCGUUGGAGGUCGAGAAGGAGAAGAUGAAGCACAUGGAGGAGAACUGCCCCGCCCUCUCCAUCCCAGACUGCAUGCAGGAACUCCAGGAGCUGUGCCGGAAACUUCACAAGCAGAUUGAUUUGGUGGACGACGAGCGAUACGACAUGGAGAUCAAAGUGAGAAAGACCAACAAGGAGAUCGACGACCUGAAGUUGAUGGUUCAGAAUCUGAAGGGGAAGUUUAAGAAGCCGGCCCUGAAGAAGGUUCGGAUGUCGGCCGACGCCAUGCUGGCCGCUCUGCUGGGCUCCAAACAUAAAGUGUCCAUGGACCUGAGAGCCAACCUGAAGCAGGUCCAGAGGGUGGUGAAGGAGGAGGAGAAGCAAACAGCUGACUGGAGGAAGAACAUCGAAGACAAGGCCGGCAUGGGCGGCAGGAAGAAGAUGUUCGAGACAGAAGCUAAAACACCAGUCGGUUGUUCUGCUGUUGACCAGCAUUAUUAAUUCCUGUGUGUUAUGUGAGUCCGUGUUGUUGGAAAUCUGUAUAAAUGAUAGAAUAAUUAAA